CAUCUCGUCACCUCUCCGCAUUCUACUGCCUGCCCCGACACGUCUUCUGCUACUACUACGAGCACAGUAGUUUGGUCUAUUAGCUGGCUGCUCUGCUCAUUCAUCGUGCUCACAUACAAGCACAACACCAAAUCUUCACUCUUGUCACCUCUGCGAUACACAUUUCGAGUCAUACGCCAUCACAAGCUCAUCAUGGCCGAAGUGAAGAAAGCCCUUGAACUGUUAGGGCUCUCGGAAUACUUGAAUCUCUUUUUCGCGGAAGGAUUUCUUUCAUGGCAAACACUGUUAGACAUCACCGAAUCCGACCUAAGUUACCUCAAAGUAAAGACACAUCAUAGAAAGAGGCUUCAGCACGCCAUUACAGAAUCGCGCAGUCACACCAGCAGUCAUUGCCGCCCAACCUCUCGUCUAAAACGGAAGUAUACGAGACGGCCACAACCCGAUAGAAAUGCACCAGAGAGAGCAACGCCUGCUUAUGUAAUGUUUGCUCAAGACACAAGAAAUGAUUUGAAGGGCGAAAAGCUAUCGUUCACGGAUUCCGCAAAAAUAGUUGGGGCUCGAUGGCAGGCUCUGCAACCAGAAGCCCGAGAAGUAUAUCAGUGCCAAGCCAGUGUUGAGAAAGAGAGAUACAAUGUCGCAUUAUCAGAGUACAAGAAAUCUCCGGAGUAUGAUGCGUAUAGGAUGUAUCUUGGGGAGUUCAAGACUGGACACACUGCGCUAAACAAAGGUGCAGGAGGCAAAAGCUCGAGGUCGAGUAUCCAGAGAUCUACUUCAUCGAGUAGUACUGACGACUACUGCGGUGACCGGAUGUUUGGCAGCAUGGUCAGCUCAGCCAAUUUACCUUCCCCUUCAACGCAGAACGAGCGAGUCGAGUAUCCCUCUCCUUUCGAACCAGCAUCCGUGUCACCAUUUUUGGAAACCUCUCGAAUGGCCCGUCAUUGCUCACUUGUGUCCUUGUCGCCACGGUCUGCAAUCCUAAACCAAGAGGAAGGAUAUCUGGUUUCAUCCAGUGAUGGUCCAAAGUUCUCUCCUGGCCAGGCCAUACGCGACCGGUGCAGAAUUUCCAGUUUGCUUCUUCCGCCCUCGAGCAACUCAUGCGUUCUUCCUCGUCCAUACCACAUCCUGCCAAGAUUCGAGGCAGGAGGUGCUUUGGAUCGCCCAGUCGCCGACGAAGAACCUAGCACAGGUGUCUGCCAGUUUGCUUCAAAACGCUUCGAGUGCAGCAUCGUCGCGCUGUGUCAAAUGCCAAGAAUACCUACUGAGCACAUACUGUCGUUUUACCGUUGCGAGAGCGGGUCUAUCUCGGAGUAGAAGCGCGAUGCGACAUACUGCGAGCGACGACAUCGAUUUUUGGAGACAGGAAAACGUCAAUCUGUGCUUUCAGCGUCAACUCUGGUAUGCUGCAGGUGCUGACACUGAUCUGCUGGAUGCGAUGGUGGACGUUGCCGCCAGUGCGGCAAUCUUGCAGUUCCAUCUGAUUGUCUUAUCCCACGACUUCUCCAGCAAGAGCUUAGGCUGCCUGCAAACCAUGCCGUUCUUUCGCACGUUUUGACAGUCGAUGGUCCACGCGUCAUAGCUGCACAGUCCAGGAUUGAGGGUGCCUAAAAAAUAGGUCGAAACCAGGUUCUUCAGAGAAUGGGAAGAGCGCUAAUAGUUCGGAAAGCACCAGGAGCAUUGGGCCGUUCCCAAAGAGGCUGACAUCUUGGGAUGUGUAGAUG